AAAUUCCUCUCAAAGGUUCGAGUGAAACCGGAUAAAACUGGUGUGAUGACGGAAAAUGUACAACAUAGCAUGAAUCCGUUCGAUGAAAUUGCACUUGAAGAAGCCGUUAAAAUGAAGGAGAAGAAGUUAGCGAACGAGGUGGUGGCUGUUUCACUAGGAGGACCGAAGUGCCAAGAAGUGCUUCGAAAUGCUUUAGCUAAGGGUGCUGAUAAGGCCAUUCAUGUAGAGGUUUCUGAUGCUGAGUACCAGAAGAUCGAGCCGUUACACGUGGCAAAGGCAUUGCAAAAAAUUGUUGAAAAGGAGAAAUUCGACUUAGUGUUCUUGGGAAAACAGGCAAUAGAUGAUGAUGCUUCUCAAACAGCACCCCUUCUGGCUGGAUUGCUAGAUUGGCCUCAAGCCCUCUACGCCAGCAAGGUGGAAAAGCCGGGUGAUGAUUACCUGCAAGUGACAAGAGAAAUUGAUGGAGGAUUAGAUACGAUCAAAGUAAAACUACCUGCUGUGAUAUCUGCUGAUCUACGCUUAAACGAGCCACGUUAUGCGACGUUGCCGAAUAUUAUGAAAGCUAAGAAGAAGCCGAUUGAUAAAAUUAGUACAAAGGAUCUCGGUUUAGAUUUGACACCACAAACUACAACUUUAGAGGUGUCCGAUCCUCCUGUUCGUAAAGCUGGAGGAUUUGUCGACGAUGUGCCUAUGCUGAUCGUGAAACUCAAAGAGAAAGGUCUGAUCAAGACGUAG